AUGCUGAAGGCUUCAACUCAAGAAAAGGUCCUGCUGGGCCGCCCCGGCAACUCCCUGAAGAGCGGUAUCGUUGGUCUCGCCAACGUUGGCAAGUCCACGCUCUUCCAAUCUAUCACCAAGUCCACCCUUGGUAACCCGGCCAACUUUCCUUAUGCCACCAUUGACCCCGAGGAGGCUCGUGUCAUCGUCCCCGAUGAGCGAUUCGACUGGCUUGUCGAUCACUACAAGCCCAAGUCCGUUGUGCCCGCCAACUUGACCAUCUACGAUAUUGCUGGUCUGACCCGCGGUGCCUCUACUGGUGCUGGUCUCGGUAACUCCUUCUUGUCUCACAUUCGUGCCGUCGAUGCCAUUUUCCAAGUGGUUCGUUGCUUCGAUGACGCCGAGAUUAUCCACGUCGAGGGCGAUGUCGACCCCGUCCGCGACUUGACCAUCAUCAGCGAGGAGCUGCGCGUCAAGGAUAUCGAGUUCGUCGAGAAGGCUCUCGAGGCUCUCGGCAAGCAGACUCGCCGUGGUGGCCAGUCUUUGGAGAUGAAGAAGCUGAAGGAGGAGGAGGCCACCACUGGUCGUGUUCUCGAGUGGUUGAAGUCGGGCAAGGACAUCCGUCACGGUGACUGGUCCCCCAAGGAGGUUGAGGCCAUCAACCCUCUGUUCCUGCUCACUGCCAAGCCCGUCGUGUACCUUGUCAACCUGAGCGAGAAGGACUACAUCCGCCAGAAGAACAAGUACCUUCCCGGUCUGUUCGAGUGGUGUAAGACCAACACCCCCGGCUGCCCCAUUCUCCCCAUCUCCGCCUGCUUCGAGGAGCGUCUCACUUUGAUGGGCGAUGAUGCUGCUGCCGCGGAGGAGUGCAAGAAGCUGGGCACCAAGUCCGGUCUGCCCAAGGCUAUCACUACCAUGCGUACCGCCCUGAACCUGUCCAGCUUCUUCACCACCGGUACGGAUGAGGUCCGUCAAUGGACCAUCCGCAAGGGCAUCAAGGCCCCUGCCGCUGCCGGUGUUAUUCACACCGACUUCGAGAAGACCUUUAUCCAGGCCAUUGCCUACAACUACAGCAUGCUGCGCGAGCUUGGUGACGAGGCUGCCGUCAAGGCUGCCGGUAAGGUCAUGACCAAGGGCAAGGAUUACACUGUCGAGGACGGUGAUAUCCUGCUCAUCAAGGCCGGUGCUGCCAAGAGCUAA